GACCCUAGGGUCCAUGAUGAAACACAGGCAGCGCGCGCUAUCUGCUAGCUGAUGCCGUUCACUACAUUGCACGGUUACGGUUUGCCCCGGGAACCUCGACACUGUGGUGUGUUGUGUUCGGUCUGCAUAUCUACGUACGGUACGCACCGCUGUGCUACGUGUGUCUAAGAAAAAAUGUAAACAGUCAGAUGACAGGAGUAAGUACUUUGGUUCUACGUUAAAACACAAGUUUUUAGACGUGUUCAAAGCGGGUUAGAAGUUUUCACUUGAUGCACUUUUCAAAAUGGCUGCAUCAAAUGAUGCAGUUCAACAUGGAGGAAAGUGGACAUUGAUUGAUAAAGAGGGAAACGUCCAGGGUUCUGACAGUGACAUUGGCUCUGUGUCUUCAUCAGACUGUGUGGCAGUGGAAGAGGAUUCUGUCUCCUACCAUGCUAAGAGGUCUAAUAAUAGCAGGAGCAGCACUGCUAACAGUGUAUCAGGCAGCCCUCCAAAGAAUCAGAUAGAACAUUCCCCAGAUCAGCCGCAGAAUGUACCAUCUUCAUCAUGGUUGGGUGGGUUUUGGACGCAAGGCAGGUCCCAAGCUAAUUCAAACCCUCAGCUCAAUCAUUCUACAGAGGAUGAAUCUGAGCCACAUAUGUUCCAGCAAGAGAAAGAUACUGUAGACACAGAUUCUCUUGAAAGCAUAGAGGUCUUAUCUAUGCCAAGUGAUAAUCAUACAGACACAGACAUCCAUCUUAAUGAUCAACAUGAUGAUACUCCCUCUACCAUUGACCUCCUGGGAGCAGUAGGAACAGACUGGAAUCCUCACGGCGAUGUCGCCAAGCCAGUGUUUUCAACCAAUUGCAUCUCACCAAUGGAAGGUUCAACACAGUCAUCGCGUGUUGAAGAUUUAGCUGCAUCUUCAAAUUCAUCUCAGUUAGAUUUCUUGAUGGUGGAUAACUGUGGACCAAAGAAUGCUCCAUAUGAUUCUGUUGAGGCAGCUUCCAAUGAAUCUUCAAGAGGUGCCAUUGUUGAUGAGGAGGAUCAGAUGGAGCGGUCUAUUGGUAUUGCAGGACCUCUACCCAUGAUGCCAUCAGGGCAGCUCCCGAUGUCUUCUGUCUCAGUGGAUAACAUACCUAGAGGUGUAGAGGCUGGGGAUUCCCCCAGGAGAGCUCAGUCAGAAGGAUGCAUUACACAGCAGUCCGAAGGUUCCUCUGGGGUUGGUGUACCCAUAAUGACCCAGCGAUGGCCGACAGAGGAUGGUGGCUUCUUACUGGUUCAGCAGUUCCGUGGUGAUGGAGAGCCGGCUAUGUCAAGGUCAUCUAGCUUCUCUGAUCUCUCCUCAAGCUUCUCAUACCCCGGUGUGAGGCGUAGAAUACCCUCGAACAGUAAUUCAAGCCUCCAGCAUCAGAGCAGCGAAUCGUCCAGCUCCUCCAGUGAGACCUCCCAUUACAACAGUGAUACAUCCAAUGAUGCCCUCCCGGCUAACAUGACGGUCAGUGGUAUCAAACCCGGUAUCCGGCAGUAUCUUCAUCGACGGGAUGAGAGCCUCAACAGCAAACUCAACAUGGCAGCGGUGAUCAUCAUCACUGCAGCCUUUGCUCUUGUAUUGGGACAUUAUAUAGGAUCUAUGCAGGCGACAUCACACCACCUUGGUAUAGAAGCUGGUCAGGUCUGGAGACUGCGUUCCCUCCAGGAUCAGUUGGUUACCUGUCUUGAUAAGACCAAGACCUUACUGAGAGGAGCCAAAGGAUCGACUGGAAACUCACUUGUCAAAGCCACUGGUACUCAGGAUUCUCAACCACCUUCAGGGUUACCAACCCCAUCAGAUGAGUUGAUCCAACACUCAGGUCUGGAUGGUCCUUUAUCAUGCUCAGCUUGUACCCGAGGGAACCAGCCCGAAGAUCGCUACUCAGAGUUCUGCAACACACAAUGUAAACAUGAUGACAGAGACCUUCAAGACCCUACAUCAAACAGUAGUGAUGUGUCAGAUAAUGGUUUAGUGUUAAGUCCUAUUGGUAGUGAUUCUCCUAAUGUUAAUAAUGUUGGAAAUGUUACAAGUGGAGCUACAGCUGAUGUCCAUACUGCUACCCAAGUAGGUGAACCAGGUUCACAAGCAACAGAUACAGUUAUCAAGUCAUUGAUUGGGGAUGAUGGUGAAAUGGUUACAGAGGUAGAUAAAGAUCUUCCUCUUCCAGAAGGAGAACCAGUUGAUUCUGAUGAAACUGAGAGAAGUAUAUCAGAAGAUGAACUAUCUUCAGAUGAUAAACACGCCUUGGAAGUUGGAGACGAAGAAGUGACAGAAGAGCCUCAAGAAGUUGUCACAGAAAUUGAAAUUAUUGAAGAUGAUUUUGUUGAUGAGAUGAAGUAUGCAAACACAGAUGAACAUGCAGAGAAUGAUGAGUUAGAGUCUGGAGGCAUGGAAAUGGAGGAUUUUCAAAAUAAACAGGAGUUGGAAGACCCAGGGAAUCAAAAUCCACAAAACGAAGAAGAUGAGGAAUUCUCUGAUUUCGAGGAAUCCCAGUAUUCUGGUUCAUCAAGCAGUUCUACCAAGGACACUGAUUUUGACUCACACGAAGACACACAAGACCCACAGGAUGAUUUCAUGGGACAGCUUUCGUCCAAGUUAAGCGACUCAUGGUCCAUUCUCAGAAACUUCACUUCCGACCUGGUGGGUUCUGCUGCGAACCUUUCUGUGAACAAUGUCACCACCCAACUCAAGGAAAAUGUUGAAACCCUGAGGCAUCAGAUCAAGGACGCUGUUUCCACUCUUCAAAAAUCAAACAUUACCUCUCAUAUGAAGGACAAUGUUCACAGCAUUGGAGAGCAUUUGAAGGAUGCUGUGUCUAGCAUCAAGGAGGGAAACUUCAGCCGUACAGUCAAAGAUGCCAUGCAGGAUCUUGGCGGCAAGGUUCAGGAAGUUGUCUCUGAUGUUAAAGAAUCGAAUAUUACAUCCCAAAUCAAGCAAGGUUUGCAGGGCUUAGGUGAAAAUAUUCAAGGAGCCUUUUCAAGCAUCAAAGAGAAUGGUGGUGAACUUAAGAAGCCAUUCAAGAAGGCAAUGAAAGCUAUGAAAAAUCUGAUGAGGGGUAAACCUAUCAAUGGUGAAACAGACAAAGGUGAAGAAAAUAAUGGACGAACCCAGAAGAAGCCUUACAAUGAUAAAAAGAAGGGAAAAUUACAUAAAAAGUCAUCAAAGUCAUCAAAAAAAAUCAGGAAACAAAACUUAAAUAAGAAAGAGGCAACAAGGAAUAAAGCAAAGGGAGAACGGAAAAAGAGCAAGGAGUUUCAACAUGGUAAAAAGCAGAUGGAUGGAAGAAAUAAAAAGACAAACAAAAUGCAAAUUAAUAGAAACAAAGUUAGAACCAAGAAUCAACAAAAACAUGUAAAGAAUGUCAAGUCGGAUGAGCAUGAAGACUUAAAACGUGAAAGACAUGGCAAGUCAAAUGAUCACCAAGAGAAACCUCCAUCUGAUCAGGUUAACAAAGAUACUGUAAAAGAGAAACAAAACAAGAGAAAUGAUAAAGAAUUGUUUAAUAAAAAAAAUGGCAAGAAAGGCAAUUCAAAGAAUACUGAUAGGAAUGAGGAGAAACCAAACAACAGAAAGGCCUAUUCAAAGAAUAGUGUUCCGUCAAGAAACAUUGAUAUCAGGGUAUCGGAAAAAAUGGUUGAUAUGAAGUUUGAGUCAGACAAGCUAAAUGAUCAGGAAGUAUUUAAAACAGAUGAACAGUUACAGAAGGAAGAUUUAUUCGAUGAGAAGAAAGAGGAAAAGCGAAAAUAUGAAUCUAAAGAAAAGGUCAAUCUUGAUCAAGACUCUCAGUGGGAAGAAAGCCAUAACCAAGAAAGACACGAUGACUAUGGUCAAAGACAUCAAGAGAAGGAAUCUAGAAAUGACUAUCAGGACAAGGAAGAUGAUAAGCACAGAUUUGAGGACAUAGAGUGGGAAGAUAUCUUCGAGAGUUUUGAUGUCCGUUGCUUUGGGGUCCAUGACUGCUUGAGGAAGCACAGAGAAGCUGCUGUAAAGUUAUAUGAGGAGCUUCUGGACUAUGAAAAUUGGCUAACCAAGCGCUGUUAUAAGAAACAUCUUGAUGAACUCAAAGACUUCAUGGAAGAGCUGGAAGAAUUUCUGGCAGAACCGUUUUUGACAGACGAAGACCUAGAAGAGCUCAUGGAAGACUUUGAGGACAUGGCUGAAGACAUUGAGGAAGCAACAACCAAGAACUUUUGGAAGUGGAUGAAGUCGUGGACUCCUCGCCACAAAGGAGAGGAGUCAUCCUUCAAACGAGGAUCAAAGGAGAAACCUUUGAAAGAAGACAAAGAGAAAACAUUGACUGUAACACUUGAUUUGAACCAAAUAUUUAACUUCUCACAAAUUGGUGGUGAUGAUGCUUCUUCUGAAUCGAAAGACCACAGGAGACAUGCAGGAUAUGGCUACCAAAGCAAUGAUGACUGGUUCAUUCGUAGAAUGCAAGACAGAGAGAACAACAGGGACACAAAGGAUCUAAAAGGAAUGCCAGUUGAUCAACAACUUGAAUCGAAUAGCAAUUGGUAUGACCAUUGGAUGCAAGGAAGGGAAGAAGGUCGCACUGGUAUGACCGUUUGGGACCUUUAUCAAUGGUUUUCAAAAAGACAGGCCUUGAGGCAUGAAUGGCGACUCCAUGAAAUGGAUGACAAGUCCAACUGGUUUCUGAGGCGACCAUAAAGAUCAGUAUAUGCAUAAAGUGGUUACUAGUAUGCCAAGUGUACCAGAA